CUUUUAUCAAGCAAAAAGCAUCCACGGAGGCUGCUUCUUUCAACAGCAAUUCCAUUAAAUGAUACACUUUUCGUGUGGUGGGAAGUUAUUGCCGAGAAAAAAAACAAUUUAGCAACCGCUUGUUUGUUUCAGUAUUAUUUCUCCCUAAUGCCGGAACGGGCUAAAUGGCUUUUGGCCCCUCUGCAAGUGGUCAAGGGGCACUUUCGGUCGGCAUAUUCCUCUCCAAUUCAGGAUUGCCAAUCGGCCCCCUAACCCUUCGCAGCAGCGCCUCUCUUCUUCGUUUCCCCCGCCGGUUCUCCAGUUACCCCCCACGCCGCUCGCGAACAAGAGGCGGCGUGACUCCCCUGCCACGCCGCCCCUCUCUCCGCGCAUCCCGCCGCCUCAGCUCCUUCUCCUUCCUCUUCGGGGAAGAAGCAGCAGCAGCAGCAUCUGCUGAGUUCCCGCCUCUAUCUCCGCCCGGCACCAAGCAAGGGGGGGAGGCGGAGGAAAGAGCAGAGAAGCGGCGCCGCAGCGAGGGCAGCCGCAGCCAAAGAAAGGGAGUUUUGUCCUCGCUGCUGCUGCUGCUGCGGCCGGCCUCGGAGCAAAGCAACCAUGGCCGCAGUUUGCCUCAGGCCGAAGGCGGGCUGCGAAGCGCGAAAGGCAACGGCGGCCGCAGGAGGAGCAAACGCCCAGCAGUGACCAGCCUCCUCCUCUCAACGUCCAGGCCGCGCGUCCUCCAGCGUCGCGCGGCGAGAGGCGGCACCCCACCACCCCCCCCCGCUCCGCUUCGCCUUGCCCGUCGACCCGUCUCACUUUCAGCUCAGCAGCGGAGGCGGUUAGCAACCAGCACCAUGUGGGGGAGGCUCCUCUCCGAGAUCGGGCAAAACGGGGACUACCGGAUAGGCCCAGAAUGUUCUUCAUCAGGAUGGUUUUCGGGUACUGAUUCUCUGUGGCAAGCCACAGCAGGUCCAGCCAGCCGUCAAAGUAUCCAUAUCAGAAGACACAGCAUAGCUUCUGACAGUGGCGACACAGGCGUUGGAACUUCCUGUUCUGAUAGUGUGGAAGAUCAUUCCACAUCAAGUGGCACUUCCUCGUUUAAGCCCAGCCGCUCAUUGGUCUCAAUUCCCACUGCUCAUGUAAUGCCAUCUCAUAUCAACACUUCGCUUUCAAAACAUAGGGAUCCUCUCAAGUCCAACUCUGCAAAGUGGACCACAAGCCUUUUGAGAUCUGCUCAAAGCAGGCAUCAGGGUAUGUUGGACAGCUCUCUUGAUAUGAAAGAUUUGAGGCCUGUAAGGAAGUGGUCAUCGUUGUCUAAACUCAGCACACCUCUUAGUUGUAACCAGGAUGGGGAUGUUUAUUCAGCAGAAUGCAGGACCAGCUUGGAUACAAAUGGAAGAGACAAGACUGUUUCACCACAAUUAAGAAGAAGUGGGUCAAAUUGCUUGUAUAAUAGUAUGGAACUAUUAAAGUCUGAGGACCGAGAAAAUGGGAAGAAAAAGAAUUCUACUUUGAACUGCAAAUACAAAUUUGAAAGUUGCAGCAAAGAAGAUUGGGGGGUUCCUGAUGUCUCAAGCAGGAGACAUGCCUUAGAUAUGACCUAUAGUGCCUUACCUGAAAGCAAGCCUGCUCCAUUAAACUCUGAAGCUUUUCAUCAAGAAUAUAUAACUUUGGAACCACAGGCUGCAGUCCCAUCCCAGGUUUCCAUUCAAUCUUCUGAAAGGACUCAGAGGUGGCUUACAGAACAAUUUCGUACAAAUCCUCCAGAAUCCAGGCCUUCUGAGGAGUCAUACAGUUUAUCUCCUUGGCAGUUACAGCAACUUGAAGAAUUUAGAACAGGAAGUGAACACUCUCUGCAGGUUCUGGGUGGAUCGUAUCAUCAAAGUUAUCCAGCUACAAACUUUCAGGACUAUAAUAAUUGGGAGUCCCUGAUGAAAAUUAAAGAAGGGCUGUUAAGGCAAAAAGAAAUUGUGAUUGAUAGGCAAAACCAGCAAAUUAACCUUCUGUAUCAGAAAAUAAGAGAAAAUGAACUACGAGCUCAACAAGCAAGAUUAGGGCACAUUGUACAUUGUGAAGAAUCAUACCUGAAUAGUUUCCAGCCUCAGUAUGAGAAACCAUCAAUGCCAGCUCAACUUGCAGACAGAUCUUUGACCCAGUGUGAAAGGGAACAGGUUAAGCUUGCAUCAGUACAAAACAAGGAGGUGCAACUCAGUGAGUUUUUGAAAGAAAUAGUAAACAAAUCCAAUGAAGAUAAAAAGAAAAUGGAAGAGAAGCUCAAAACCCGAGACAGGUACAUAAGUAGCCUAAAAAAGAAAUGCCAGAAAGAAUUGGAACAAAAUAAAGAGAAACAGAGGCGAAUCGAAACACUUGAAAAAUACCUAGCUGAUUUGCCAACACUGGAUGAUGUUGAGAAGCAAAGUAAAGAGCUACUGGGUCUUGAAGAAAAAUAUAAGCAAUUGAAAGCUGCUGUGGUUAAGCUAGAAAAGGAAUUGGAGGAAUCUGAGACACAAUGUAAAGAAAAAGAAUUGCAGCUUGUGUGCCAGAAGAAGAAAGAAAAAGAAUUGAUAGCUGCAGUGCAAAGCUUGCAACAGAAAGUAGAAAAAUGCCUGGAAGAUGGUGUCCGUCUUCCUAUGUUGGAUGCAAAACAGCUUCAGAGUGAAAAUGAAAGCCUCACAGAAAAAAUUGAGAAGGCUAAUAAGGUCAUAGACAAUCAACAAAAUCGGAUCACUGAGAUAUCUUUAGAGAUACAGUCUAUGCAAGAAAAGCUUUUGGAAGGAAAUCUGACAAUUCAGAAACAAAAAAAUGAACUUGAAGAAAAGGAUAAAAGUGUACAGCAGUUAAAGGAGGUACUACUUGAAAACCAAAGAUUUAUGGAAGAAAAUGCAAGUUUAAGAGAACAGAUUCAUCAGAUGGAGCAAUCCAGACAACCGGUAGCCGAAAAAUUACCUGUGGCAGAUCAGUUGUUCAUAGAGAUGUCUCACUGUCUGUCUGACUUGAAAGCACUUUGCAGUAUUCUUACUCACAGAGCUCAGGGCAAAGAACCUAACCUGUCCUUGCUGCUCGGAAUCCAAUCAAUGAACUGUUCCUCUGAAGAUGAGAAGCACCAUAGCGCAGAAAGUCUCUCAAAGAAGCUCUCAGAGGUUUGUCAGUUACGGAAAGAUAUUGAUGAACUGAGGACUAUAAUUUCAGACUGCUAUGCUCAGGACAUGGGAGAAAAUUGCAUUACACAGUGAUGACAUCUUGGCCUCACACUAGCAACUAAGUUAUUAAAUGCUGCUCUGGUUUUAGUUCCUCAUGUUUCUGUUGCAAACAAUACUGGAAAGCAAAUGCUGUGCCAGGUGAAAAGGUUUCAUGCAUAAUUCAUGCAGAUAACAUGCUCUUCUUUCGAAGAGAUUUUGUGCUGCAAGAAAAAAAAAUCUAUUUUCUUUAAAACUACUGAAUGUAGGUCAAAGCUGUGAAUAAUGUUGUUCUUUUGAAAAUGGUUUUUAUUUCUUUUGUUACGCUGAUAAAAGAAAAUACAGUGUUUUCUGAAGUAAAAAUGGAAUUGCCAGAAGAGGGCACUAUAACAGUGGUUCAGCGAGCUUUAGGUAGAAGAUAGGCUGGAGAAUCUUCGUGACAAAAGCAGUUGGACAUGCUUGGUUAUUUGAAGGUCAGGUAUUAGAACAGUGGAUGAAGAUACAGAGUCAUAACAAAUAUUUUUUUGAAUGCAGGUAGUACUGAUGGUUUGGGCCACACAAAAAAUUAUUGGUAAAAAUUAUAUGCUCUUUAAGGGUUGCAAUUCCCAGUUUGAUUAUUGUUUUAUUCUGCAGUUCUUGUGUUAUGCAAAGGAAAAAAAAAAGAUGAAAAAACAUUCACAUUUCAGAGAAGGAAGGGUUUCAGACUUAGAAUUUAGUCACCAACUAUUAAGCUUUUUUGCGUUAAUUAGGUUGGGCAAAAAUGGUUUUGAUAAAAGAUUUUUUUUAAAAAAAAUCAAAAACAUUUAAGUGUAAUAUCUUCAUAACAAUAUAUAUUUACUCUUUGUUUGAAAUUUGGGCAAAGUAUUGUCCGCUGAAUGUGAAUGUUUGAAUUCCAGGACACAGAAAAAUAAAAAGCCUUAAAGAAACCUGAUUUUUUUCUGGCAAUCUGAAACAGCAGAUCUUGAUGAAUAAUUAAUAUAGUUGCUUCAAAAUUAUAUCAUUACUGGCAUAAAAACCUUCAGGCAAAUAUUCUUAAGUUCUUCUUAUUGCCAGAAGAGGACUUGGAUGAAAUCAGCAGCGCCAACCUUCAUAGAUGCAGUAUUAAAAUGCCUGAAUUAAAGGUAUGCCACUUUGUAAUCCAGGUUUAUAUAUUUUGCUGUGUUAAAAAUUUAUACACCAUUUGUCAAGACAAGCCUGAUACCAUUUUAUUCUGACAAUCUAUUCUACAAUCAACAAAAAACACCUUCUUUGAAAAAAAGGAGAUUAACUAAAUACAAUGCAUGAUGCUCAUAGAUGCCAUGAGGCUCAUAACUUCAAUCUUGCCAAAAGUUGAUGCUUAAAGAGCAAGAAAUGGAUUACUAUUCUCAAUUUCUUACAUUAAUAUUUUUCCUUAAACAGUUUUUAAACCAUGGUUUUAGAUUGAUAUUUUCACAUUUUGUGUGAUUCAAAUUUACAUUUUAUUUGUAUAUGAUGCAGUUUAAAAAAUUGGCCUUUUUAAAGUUAUAUUUAUUUUAAUAGGAGCUUAUUUCUACUCUGAUGACUAUACUAUCUGUGGAAAUUUAUGUUAAUAUUGAACCUAACUGAUGCUCAAUUGUUUUAAAUGCACAUCUGUAAAUAUUAUAUAGAAGCAGCUAGUAAAGGAUAAAGAUCCUUAAUACUGCUGAUUGAGGCCUGAAUUUAAAAUAUUAAAAUCACAAUCCCAAGAGUAUUACUAGAAAUAAAAUUGAGCAGUACUUAUAAUUGUAACUUUAAAUUCAUAUCUAUGCAGAUGAAGGGGUGAAUGAUCAGAACCUGAUUCACUUUCUCACCAAUGAACAAUGAGUGCAAGCCUAACUUUCUUACUACACUAUGCUAUUAAGAAGCACAAAUGUCAUUUUGUGAUUCUAAAUGUUCUCAUUUUAUAUUCUACUUAACUCUAUCUUGCAAACAAUUUUUAACUGCAGUAUUAUAUUAUUAUUAAGAAAGAAUCUUUCACAAAAAAGAUAAGAGCAGUUUGUGGAAGUAGAUUUUUGACAAAAAUUGUCAAGAAAUUUUAUUUUUGCAUGGGCUACAAAUAACAGAUUUUAAUUAACUAGUUAGCUGGAUUGUUUAACUUCUUUCCUUUAACAACCAUCCUAUUUGUCUACUUUAUAACUUCAUGAGGUCAUACAGCCACUUUUACUUUGAAUAGACAAUCAUAUAACACUCAAGGAAGAACUAAUUUUUGAGAAAUUAUCUCAGAUACCUGAUACUUUUGAUCCUUGCCAAGAUAUUUGUUUAACUAAUGUAGUUUAACAUCAUACUCUAUGCAUGUUUAUGAACCUUUAAAAAAAAAGGUUUGACAAAUUAUUUUACAAUUCGUAUUUUUAAAAAGUUGUCAUUUUUGCCCUUGAAAUAAGAAUUGUGUAGCAAGACAUGCCUCCUAAUAUGCUGUAGAGCAGUGGUUUAAAACCUGGCAACUUUAACCUAGACUUCAAUUCCUAGAAUUGUCCAGCCAGCAUGCUGUCCACAUAUCUUAAAGCUGCCAAGCUUAAAAAACACUUGUAACUAAGAUGUCAGUGAAAAAAAAUGGAUAAUUUGUUUUAACAAUAAAUAAUAUAAUUAUUUCAGUUUAAGGUUCAUAUAUGUAUUCUCGUAAAUAAAUAGAUAAAACUUGACUAGGCAAUUUGUUAAAAACAAAGCCACUGCUCUGCAGCACUUUGGGGGACUUGCUUUAGUGUUCACCCCAUCCUUCCACUCAUAUCCAGUGAAAAUACAAAGGUGUAGCAUGCAUUUCAGCUGCAUUUCUGUUGUCAACAACUCUCAGUGACUGCAAUUCAUUGGUCGAAUAGAGGAGACUCCCAAUGGAUGUGUGUUGAUAAGGAUCUCUAGUGUUUUAGAGAAGACCUGAGGCUGUACAUCUGUGUGGCCUUCUUUACACUACCAGCAAACACAGAGUGUUGGGAAUUAGGGCUAUUAGUACGACCCUCUUUUCUUCUUACCCAUUCAUUGGAACAACUAAAAUGAGGUGGUGAUUUCUGACAUUUUGGCCUAUCAAACUGGCGAGUAAAAAAGAAGAGUAUGCUGUGAAUCACAAACCUGUUCAAGCAUUUGAUAGAGAUUGCUGAGUGGAAAGCAUCAGGUAUUUGUUCCUGCUUUAAACAGGGAAGGACCUAGAUUUAUCCUCAAAUGCUAAAUAACAGGGAGAAGGCAUCUGCAACUGCUUGUAUGUAGGUUAUGCAGUAUAUAGAAAGAGAUUUGUUUCUCCAAUAAAGGCUCCAUAUGUCCUGGUAAUUAGUUUAAUGUGUCUUAGUGAAAUGAAAACAAUCAAAGAUGGUAACCAAAGACAGAAGGACAAAAUUAAAUGAACCAUAAAUGCACAGUAUUAUUUUAUUAGUAAUAACUUAGCAAUUUUGGAAUCUGAAGAACUUACCUGUUUACAAUGGCUAUUUAGUAGUUUGAGUUCUGCAUAAGAGAUGCAUGAGUUUUUUCAUUGAAUAUGUGUGUGGCCUCAUUCAACACAUGUUAUAAAAAUGGUUAACUAAUAAUAGCUUUUUAGAAAAAAUGGUUCACAAUGGUAUUACUAAGUUGAUUUAGUCAUGACAACCUUUUCCCCCAGAUACAGGAGAUCAUUCAAAGAGCUGAAAAAGUAUUACUAAUAAAUAAAAUGUAGAUAGGUUUGUCAGCAAAGAUGAAGGCAAAAUUUACAUAUUUCAUAUGUCAAGGUUGAAUUUUUACAGAUGUGUAGAUGGCAUUCUAUAGUAACUACUAUAAUUUAAGAAUGUAUCCUAAAAAGGAAUUUAGAAAGUUACUUUCAUACAUGCCUAAUGCAGUUAUUUAUAUGCCAUUUGUAUGUACAGUAUUCAAAUUUAGUACUGUAGUAUAAACUUGAUUUGAUUUUUUGUAAAGCAGGGUCAAUGAUCCUAUUUGGAAAAUUGACUUAGCUCUGACAUUAAUGCCCAAAUCAGUACUUCGUCAUUAUAUAAGGGUAGAGUUAGGUGUUAAAUAUUUAAGUUUUUGGAAUGUAAGUUAUGAGCACAGAGAUCAUUUUUAGUAGGUUUGCCAUAAUCAGUCACCCUGGAUAUAGAUAUUUUUUAAAAAAGUAAUAUAAAUGAACCAAAAUUAUUUUUUAACUUUUUUAUUACUCUACAAAUUAGUUUUUUAAGUUAUUUAUUCCUAUCCCACCCCCUUUGGAAAAAUUGUGAAAAAUAAUAUCUUGUUAGAUUCCAGAAUGAGGAUAAAAAAUAAAUGCAAGAUGAGGUGUGCAUCAGUUUUACGCUGCCUAAAACUUAAACUGGGACUAAAUUCACCUAACCCCCAAAUUUAUUAUUCAACAAUGCUUCUGUAAAUCUGUGUAUAUUUAAAAAUAACUCUAAACAUAAAAGAGAUUUGACAUCAUAUUCUAGAUUUGGAUUUCCAAAAAAAUUGAAGGCAAAGCUACUAUUCUGUAAAAAGACAAUGGAUAUUAAAAAUUAGGUGAAUCGAUCAAUAAACCAACAGUCACUGGAGUAUUACUUCCAUCUCUUUGUAACUCUGUGCCUCUUAUUUUUGUUCAUGGCUUAAAAGUAACAUUUUAAUAGCUAUGAAAGUAUCAAAAUUUGCACUUUGUUUCCUCUGAUUUUUGAGACUUUUUAGCUUAUAAAAGUGUGAGAAACUUUUCGUAAAUAGAAAUAUUUUUUACCUUUGAAACUUAAUCUGGUCUGUUUUUACCAGCUAUUCUGUACAUGGUGGAGAAUAUGCAGGAAAUUCAGUCAGAGUGUCCUUUUGUAUAUAUUAGGUAUAUCGUUGUUAAGGCAGUGGCAAGGGAAGGGAAAAGAGGGCUCUCCUUCAAAGCACAGCAGACUUAAACUGGAUCAGUUUUCUAAUGCUGGUAGUUCUUCAAUGUUGGGUUCAGUUUUUGAGCCGCUCAGAAUACCUCAUGUGUACAUAGAGUUGUCAUGACUUAAAUCGAAAUGCAUUCAGUGUUGUUGCUGUUUUUAUUUUUAAAGAGCCACUGGCUGGCUCAUCUCUAGGCCUGUCAUUCUUGUCUACCCUCUUUUUGUAACUUUUUUUAAAGUAGCAUUUACAGCUAGAAUUUUGAAUGCCAAAGUUCUAUUUAUUAAAUGAUAAAAUUUUCAAUGUUGAUUAUACUAGUAUUUUUCCACUCAAUCUGUUUGUUUGAUGUUUGAAUUUGUAUCUGAGGAAGAAAAAUAAAUUUUGUUACAAAAGCUG